AUGGCCAUGUACUUCAUCCGUCUCCCUCCAGAACUCCAAGACCUAGUCUGGGACCAGGCAGCAGCCCUCUCCCCAUGCCUUCACUUCCUCCAGAAGCUCCCGGAGACCAGCUGGGUAGAUUGGGACAUGCAUCUCGUUCCGGACCGACACCAAUCCGCAGACCUCAACUUGCGAAAUCUCUCGCUCGCCUGCCAUGACGCCCGUUCGGCCGUGAUCCGACACACCCGGGCCAUUGAGCAUAAGACACUUGUGCCCAUGCCCAAACACGGUAGGCCGCCUGUGUCGAUGACCCCUUUAACCCUCGACCUAACCAGCGAUCUCGUCUGCUUCGGAGGAGCGGACACCGGACCAAAAGAAACCAUGGCAGCGGUGGAUUGGGCCGAUUUCGAACACAUUGUGUUUACGGGCGCCCGUCGGUUCGCGGUAAGAUACUUUCGCCCUGGAUGGAACGUGUGGGGAAUUUCGACGGACGACGACCCCAGCGGCGACGAAGGAGUGGGGUUGAGCCCAGAGGAGCUGCAGGCCAUGUGGAGGCAUGAGUGUGUGCACUGGACACAUGUCGGGGUCGCGGGGGGCCCGGGGCCCGACGGGCCUGACGGCGACGGGGAAGGGAGGAGGGAUCUUGAGAUUCACUAUCCCGAAGCCGACCCGCCCUUUUGUGCGCGGUGUGUGGCUAACGUGGUGAGAAGGUUUGAGAGGUUGGAAGAGUUUUGGCUUAUUGUUGACCCGGACUGCUUGGACAUGUUGGAUGCGGCGAUGGGUAGAGACGGUGGUAAAGAGGACAGAAAUAAAGAAGCGAUGGCUGAGGAGGGGAAAGGGACAGAGACGAUGGAUAAAACAGAGAUGUCCGCCACUGGGCCAAAAAAGAAACGGACUUUCCACUCGUACAGCCGGACGUAUUUCAGCCUGGAUGACCAUGAUGUGCGAAGUGAGCCGAGAGGCCCUAUGAGGGCUUUACAGGCUAUCAGAGACAACUUGGUUCGUCUCCUAUCCCCUCUCUUCCAUCUGCGCUCAAGAUGA